AUGUCAGCCCCGGAUCGCAAGAAUUAUUCGAAAGGGACCAAAGUUGUGGAGGAAGAGUGGGAUGCUGAUGAAAAAAUGAUGAUGAAAUUUCUGAAGGUCAAUGCACCGAAUUCGGUUUUUUAUGCCCUCCACAUCCUCAUGGUAGAUCCGACCCACGGUGGCCUGGUUCUGUUCGACCUGGGUACCGGGCAAAUGUCUCAUGUUAUGUCCAACCGAACCCUCCGCCAGAUUCCAGUUGUCGCUUUUACGAUGUCUGCGGAUCUCAGCUAUGUUUUGCUCAAACAUGAAAGUCAAUCUACUGGUGCAGCGCAACAACAGCAUCAACUCACUCACGAAUACUCCAUCUUCAGCGUGAAAGAUGAACGGUUUUAUUCCCUCAUGAAAGGAACGCCGUUGCAGUACGCCACGUGGAACUCAGCUGGCACUGACAUAAUUUUCGUUCUCGAAAACGACAUACAUUUCACACACAUUGACGGGGGUUCGUCAGCAGACCAGGCAGUGAGAUUGACUUUCACAGGUCAAACCAACACCGUCUACAACGGGAUUCCAGAUUACCUCUACGCCAGUAAUAAUCAAAUUUUCUUCCCAUCGCGAAAGCGGGUGAAGGGAUUUUUGAAAAGGUCUCAAUUUCCAGAGGAAAUCCAUUUGACCCCGGAACACGCGUUGAUACCAUCGCCGAACGGAACCAAAGUAGUUUUCUUGGCCUUCAACGACUCUGAAGUUUUGGAAACGAUCUACGUGAGAUACGGCGAUAUUCCUUCAGGAGCAAGUGUUGGCGAAAGUCCGUCUCUGGCCUCGUUUCGGUUCCCCACGGCAGGAGAAAUGAAUCCCACUGUGAGCGUGUAUGUGGUACAAUUACCCACAGCAGACGCAAGUAAAGACUGGAACCUUGUCGACGGUCGUCCUUCGAAAAUUACUCAACUCGACGUCAGAGAUUUUGGCAAUCCGGAAGAGGAGGAGGAGGACUUUUACAUCAUCCAGGUGGAAUGGGUGACUGAAACGGAGCUUCUGAUACAAAAAAUGAGCCGCACGCAAAAAGUCACCUCAUACAUAUUGUGCACUUUGCCGAGCGAAACUUCUGCGUCGUGUUCUGAGGUUGCUGUGAAACGAACGUCGGUUCCGUCGAUGCCAAGACCGGAAGAACGUCACACGGUGUCGGCGGGAGACGACAUAUUUGCAUUGGCACAAGUGAUGGACAGGGAUGAUGGCGCUUAUCAGCACAUUGUGCGCAGAAAUCGGAAGAACGGAAAAGCAACGCCGAUAACUUUCGGCAAAAUGGACGUUCGCGAAAUUUUGGCUGUAGAUUCGGCGGCUGGAUACGCGUAUUUUCUGGCGUCAACUCGGGAUGCCCCGGAGACACAGCAUUUAUUCCGGGUGCAAAACUUGGAAUUCUUCGAAGACCUCGUGGAAUGCGUGACGUGUCAACAUUCUGACGUGUCCAACUGUUCCUUCGUGUCUGCCAGCUUGACAGCCACGGGGAAAUAUUUCAUCAAACACUGCCUUGGUCCAAGAGCUCCUUAUUCCACAUCAUUAUCGGGCGAUGCGUUGGAAAGUUUGAUGGAAGAACUGGCUUUGCCGACGAAUGCUGUUGAAGCGCACGGUAACUUUAGUUGUGGCCCAACCCUUCGCUCACAGCUCGAAAGAAUAGGAGGGAAAUCCGAUCCGACGGAAAGGAGUGUGACAACUGCGAUGCGCAUGGACCUGGCAACGUUUCUUUCGGCCACGAGGGACGUUUUGACAGUCGCCAUCGACGCCAGAGGAACAAAAGGUCGCGGGAGAAAUUUCCAGGAUUCUUUUUUCGGAAACAUCGGGAAUGCGGACGUUGAAGACAUCAUUCAUGUCGCGACUCACUUGAGCCGAACUGUGAGCAUCAUAGACGGUGACAACAUGGUUAUUUUGGGCCUUGGGUAUGGUGGCUAUGUGGCAACCAUGGCUUUGGCUCGGGCCUCGUCGCCGUUUGCCUGCGGAGCGGCUGUUGCGCCCAUCACGACGUUUUCUCUCUACAAUUCAGCUUUCUCAGAGCGACACCUGGGCUAUCCGCUAGAGAGUAAGGCGAACCAGCGUAGGUAUUUAGCAACAGACGUGUCGCUUCAAGUCGAAGGUUUGCGAGAGAAACCCUUCCUGCUCAUUCACGGCAGUGCCGAUGAAACCGUUCCUCUUCGACAUUCCAUGCUGCUUUCGGCUGCUUUGACAGACAAGGCGAUCCCAUUUCGUCAAGUGGUAUAUCCAGACCAGCCACACGAGUUGUCAGGAGUCCUUGACCACGCAGAUGACUUGCUAGCGGAAUUCUUCGACGAAUGUUUCCAAGAAUGGUCAAUCAAAAGAGAAGCCUUGAAAGAUGAUUAACAAAUAGUGGGCUUCCGCUCCUGAGCUACACCUUUCUUUUUUUAAUGAAAUGGGUCCCAUGUUGUAUUUUCAAAAUCCAGUGAUUUUUUUCACGCGGGCACACAAUGCCACGUUGUCCCGGUUGUCUUAUUUUCAAUUGCGCGUUUUUUAGGAAACGUCGAAAAAUCUGUUUCGGUCUUUUUAUUUACAUUAUUUUUUUGCAGUUGGCAACUUGAUUCGUUUUUGCUGCUGAAAAUGUACAUAGGGACGUUCUUUUUGGCAUGAACUAUGUGCCGUCAUUGCUGUGAAAUGAAUUUAGGCUGAAAUGCAUCGACAUGCUGUCGAGAAA